CUUGCAGCAACUUCGUAACACCGACAUCUCAAGUCAAGAGUGUUCGAAGCUCGUCAUGGGCAGCGACGACCAGCCACCGGCCAAGCGCCGCAGAAUGGAUCUGUCUAAGUCGAUCUUGGUCCUUGUUGGGAAAGAGGAGAAGCCGUUUACAGUGCCCAGGUCAUUUCUUACCAAGUCAUCAGAGUUCUUCGUGACCUGUCUGAACGGCGCCUGGAAGGAAGCUUCGAGCAAGGAAGUCAAACUACCGGACAUCAUGCCUGACAUCUUUGAGAUUUACCUUCAGUGGCUCUACACCGGCGAGCUCGUAUACACAGAUCAAGAUCUAAAUGACAUGCCUGGAGGCGACAUCAUUCUCGCUCUCGCCGUCUACCGAGCCCUAAUUAGACUUGCAAUUGCUGGAGAUGUGCUUCAGGACAUUCCUUUCAGAAACGCAGUGGUUGAUGCAACCAUCAGCGUGUUGCCGAAAAUUCCGAUCUUGCCGUCUGCCGGACUUAUUAAUUUGGCUUACGAGAACCUGCCACGAGCAGGAGGACUCAUUCGCCUGAUGGUGCGUGAUGCAGCGGGCAGUUGGAUCGCGCAAGACACGCCAUGUGAGGAGGGGCCUGCGAAGUUCCUAGCAGACGUGAUUGGUGAGCUCAGGACGGCUAUGCGCAACGGGACAAUCCUAAGAGAUUACGUCAAACUUGAAGAGCGAUGCACCUACCAUGAACACAACGACCGCGUUCCGAAGUGUGAGACGGCGAAGAAGUGA